AUGGAGGUUUCCCCAGAAGAGCUGCAAACGACAGACUCGAUCACUGUGCGCGCGCUGAAAGAUAUCUCGUUCGGGAGCGCGGCAGGUGUCGCGGCGAAGUUCUUCGAGCACCCGUUCGACCUCACGAAGGUGCGCCUGCAAUCGCAGGUGCUCGACGCGCAAGCACGGUUCAGCGGCCCCAUCGACUGUCUCGUGCAGACAUGGCGCAAGGAGGGCGUGCGCGGGCUUUACAGGGGCCUCCCGGCACCGAUCGUGGGCGCGAUGGCGGAGAACGCGUCGCUUUUCUGGGCAUAUACUGAGCUGCAACACGCGAUGCGAUGGUGGACGGGCAUGCCCCUCAGCCAGUCGCUGUCGCUUGGCCAGCUCGCGCUUGCGGGCGCGGGCGCGGGUACCCUCACCAGUUUCGUCCUAACGCCCAUCGAAUUGGUCAAGUGCAAGAUGCAGGUCCAGAUGCUCAGGCCCCCUCCAAUAUCUCCCUCGGGUGUACCACAAAAACUACCGGGCCCAAUAGCCGUCCUCACCUCCGUCGUGCGCGAAACGGGCCUCCGUGGGCUCUGGCUCGGACACACCGGAACGCUCAUUCGCGAGACCGGCGGCGGCGCGGCCUGGUUUGCAUCGAAGGAGGGUGUCGCGUCCCUCCUGCUCGCACGACGAGGCUUGACGGACAAGCGCGAGCUGCGCGCGUGGGAGAGCGCGGUCGCGGGUGCGUGUGCGGGUGUCGCGUACAACGUCGCGCUGUUCCCCGCGGACACGGUGAAGAGCGCGAUGCAGACGGAGAUGGAGCUGCGCGGGCCGCGGGCGGGGGGCGCGCGCCCGACGUUCGCGGGCGUGUUCCGCGACAUGUGGAGGGCGCAGGGCGUGAAGGGCCUGUAUGCAGGUUGUGGGAUCACGGUUGCGCGAGCGAUUCCGAGUAGCGCGUUGAUCUUCUUGAUAUAUGACGGGCUGAGUAAGAGGUUUGGAUGA